GGGACCAUGGGCGCGUUGGCUUCCCGGGGCCGGCCCGCGCCAGCCGCCGCCCCGAAGCCCGAACCCGAGGAGGUGCUGGACCUGAGCCAACUGCCGCCGGAGCUGCUGGUGGUGGUCCUGAGCCAUGUGCCCCCGCGCUGGCUGCUCGGGAGCUGCCGCCUGGUGUGCCGGGGCUGGCGCACCCUGGUGGAUGGCCAGGCCCUGUGGCUGCUGAUCCUGGCCCGGGACCAGAGCGCAGCGGGCCGCGCCCUCCUGGCGCUCGCCCGCAGCCACCCGCCCACCGCCCGGGCCGCGCUGGGCCGCUUCUGCCUUCGCAGACCGAUAGGACGAAACCUCAUCCGCAACUCCUGCGGGCAGGAAGGCCUUCGGAAAUGGAUGGUGGAGAACGGUGGGGACGGCUGGGCGGUGGAAGAAAACAAGACAACCGUGCCCGGGGCCCCUGCCCAGACCUGCUUUGUGACCUCCUUCAGGUGGUGUGGCAAGAAGCAGGUCUUGGAUCUGGAGGAGGAGGGUCUGUGGCCAGAACUGCUGGAUAGUGGCAGGAUCGACAUUUGUGUCUCUGACUGGUGGGGAGCCCGGCACGACUGUGGCUGUCAGUACCGUCUUGUUGUCCAGCUCACAGAUGCCAGCCAGGCUGUUCUGGAUAAGUUCUCUGCUACCCCGGAUCCCAUUCAACAGUGGAACAAUGAUGCCUGCUUUCAGGUCACCCACGUGUUCUCCAACAUCAAGAAGGGCGUCCGCUUUGUGUCUUUCGAACACUGGGGCCAGGACACUCAGUUCUGGGCUGGCCACUUUGGAGCCCGUGUGACCAACUCCAGUGUGACCGUGCAGGUCCAUCUGUCCUAGUCAAGGGCUGCCCUUCUUGGAAAUCAGCUGACUGUGUCUUCCAAUCAGGCUGGGACUGCUGGCCAGAUCCCCUCAUGGAUCAAGGGCUUGUACCUCCCUCGCAUCCUGGAAACAGCUGGGUUCAACUGAAGGUCCUGCCAGGCCUGUCUCCAGGUUCCAGGAGCUGCUGGAGGAAGAUCCUUCCAUUAGCUCCACCUGCUGCUGCUGCUGCUGCUUUAGGGUGGCCCCCGUGCCACUGAGGGGAGCCCCACAGGGGAGCAGGGGAGAAAACGGGACCCAGAGAGGAUUCCUCGCACUCAAUCCCUCCCCCUCCCCAGGGGCCCUCUGAGAUUCAGCCCUCAGCGCCUUGUCGUUGUCGCCUCUAUUGGCCUCUUGUCUCAUCCUCUCUCCGCUGAGUGACUUUGUUCUGUUGGUCUCUGCAGAGAAGCCCUGUCUUCUUCUCUGAACUAGGAUCUCACCCUGACGAGGGCUUGUAAAAGACCAGCCGUCUUGGGUGCUGGACUUCACCUCCUGAGGCUUCGAGCUGCAGGGCUGGGACCAGGUCCUUCAACUGAAAGUCAGGGAACUCAAAAACGUGUUGGGGGAGAUGAUCCCUCCCAUGCCGACUUCCCAGAAAAACGAGGUGGCCCCUGAGCCCAGUGCUGAUGCCCAACGACUCCUGUGAUUGUGUGGUUUUAAGAAUUAUUUUAUUUUUCCUUUUGAAAUUUUUGUCAGGCACUGAGAGAAUAAUAUAUCAACAACAUGUAUCUGUCGAUCAUAUGGAAUACGUUUAUUAUUUUGCCAAAACUACUUCUUUAUUAGAAAGAAUUCAGGGCUAUUGACUGGGUUGCUACUUGGUUCAGGGUAACAAGUGGCCCCAGUUGCAGGGGUGAAAAUACAGAAGAAGACAUCAGCUAAUACUUGUUGAAGGAGUGGAAGGAUUAGAACAAUGUCUUUUCUCAAACCCUAAUGAAACUGAUUCGACCACAGAUUAAAAACAUUAGGUCAUGGUAGGUGGUGAACAGCCUGUGGGUACAGUAUCACAGUGACACCACACUUGUCUGGUUGUGAGGGAAAAGUGGAAACACGAUGGCAGGAUCAGGCUGUCCUCAGGUUGACCCUUAGCUGCCAUCUGGGAUCAUGGAUUUUAGGAAUGUCUUAGUCAUCCAUUGUAGGUGCCAUCGAGUCGGUUCCAACUCAUAGCGACCCUGUGUACAACAGAAUGAAACACUGCCUGGUCCUGUGCCAUCCUUCCAAUUGUUAUUCUUGAGCCCAUUGUUGCAGCCACUGUGUCAGUCCGUCUCCUUGAGGGUUUUCCUCUUUUGUCUUAGUCAUCUAGUGGUGCUAUUACAGAAAUACCACAAGUAGAUGGCUUUAACAAGGAGAAGUUUAUUCUUUCACAGUCUAGGAGGCUAGAAGUCCGAAUCCAGGGCAUCAGCUCCAGGGGAAGCCUUUUUCUCUCUGUCACCGGUGGAGGAAGUUCCUUGUCAUUGAGCUUCCCCUGGACUAGGAGCUUCUCAGUGCAGGAACCUCUGGUCCAAAGGACAAGCUGUGUUCCUGGUGUUGCAUUCUUUGUGGUAUGAGGUCCCCUUGUCUCUCUGCUGGCUUCCGUUUUAUAAUUCAAAAGAGCUUGGCUUAAAAUGCAGCCUAAUCGUGUAGAUUGAGUCCUGCCCUGUUAGCAUAACUGCUGCUAAUCCCCUGCCACCAUCAUCACAGAAAUAGGAUUUACAACACAUGGGAAAAUCCAAUCAGGUGACAAAAUGAUAGACAAUCACACAACACUGGGAAUCAUGGCCCAGCCAAGUUGACACACAUUUUUGGGGGACAGAAUUCAACCCAUAACAGGGAGUGUUCCCACCAUUUCCUUAUUGCUGAGCGUGGGGCUCAGAAUUACUAGCCUGUUUGUGCAAACAGUAUGAUUUAUGCCAAACGCCUGAUUUCCUAUUGUUGUCGAUGGGUGCCAUCGAGUCGGUUCCAACUCAUAGCAACCGUAUGUACAACAGAACUAAACACUGCCCGGUCCUGGACCAUGCUCACGAUCAUUGCUAUGCUUGAGCUCAUAUUGAAGCCACUGUGUCAGUCAAACUCUUUGAGGAUCCUCCUCUUUUUCGCUGACCCUGUACUUUACGAUGCAUGAUGUCCUUCUCCAGGGACUGAUCCCUCCUGACAACAUGUCCAAAGUAUGCGAGACGUAGUCUCAUCAUCCUUGCUUCUAAGGAGCACUCUGGUUGUACUUCUAAGACAAAUUUGUUCUUUUGGCAGUCCAUGGUAUAUUCGGUAGUCUUUGCCAACACCACAACUCAAAGGUGUCAAUUCUUCAGUCUUCCUUAUUUAUUGUCCAGCUUUCCCAUGCAUAUGAAGCGAUUGAAAACACCAUGGCUUGGGUCAGGCACACCUUAGUCUUCAAGGUGACAUCUUUGCUUUUUAAUACUUGAAAGAGAUCUCUUAGCCAAUUUGCUCAAUGCAAUGCUAUUGGGAGUCUGGAAUUUCGAUAUGUCCUAGGCAGAGGGCAUCUACAUGACCAGUAUCCAGUGGAAACCUCGGGUGCUGAGUCUCCUAAUGUACUUCCCCGAUAGAAACUGGGGGCAGUGUGCUCUGUGACCCCACAUGGAGAGAGAGAACAUAAGGAAUCUGUACAGGGAUUCAUCCAGACUCAGUGCCUUUUUCCUUUGUGAUCCAGCUCUGUGUUGUGGAGCCAAGGUCUGAGAUCAUCCAGAAAGACACGACUCACACAGGCACUGGUUGGAAAAACGCCUUACAAACCUAGAGAAGCGACAGCUAAAGAUCAGUUCCGUCUUGUGGAUUUUGGUCCCUAUGGCCAGUGGGACUCACUCUGCAGCUGAUGCAGGGAGGUGGUGUGUGCACCCCUCUUGUGCUGCAGGUAAAGGACCCUUGCCUCCCGCUGGGAACAGAUAGAGCUGUGGGGCUGGCCAGGUGCCAUGUGAUACACACACUCAAGUAGUAAGCAGAACUAAGAAGGUUUACUGUGUACCCAGAACGGAGAAGAGGUUCCUCAGCCUCAGAAGAAGAAGAAACUAGGACAGAAGGCAGCUCAGUUCCCAGCCUCCAUUGUCAGGGAUGUUCUGGGCCCACGAACCCUGAUUGGUGGCCUAGGUGAGGGUCAGAAGGCCACACACUAGACGGCUUUCCCAACAUGUAUCCUUACUAUGCCAUUAUAAUAAAUCUUAGCCAUGAGUACAAGUAUAUGCUGAGUCCUGUGAGAUUUAGCAAAUCUUCAAACACAGGUUUGGUCUUGGGACCCCCCAACACAGUGGUGGCAGCAGUGGGAUCGCAAGACCGACUCACCCUGCUCACUAAAAUACAACUAUGCUGUUACUCAAGUAAAAGAAACAGACAGAGGCGAGUGAUGACGAAACCUUAGCGCCUGGAUGGCUAUGGAUUUACCCAUGGUGUGAAACAGCAGCUGAGCCGUCUCAUGAGAGGUAGAGGUCACCUAGGAAUUCAAUAGAUCCAACAGCGGGAGAGCUGACUCACUGGAUCCCCUGGCUGCUUUCCGCCAUGUUGGCUAAAGUGAGGGGAAAGUGCAGCCCAAGUGAUACCUUUGGGUUUUUUCCUCUCCUCUCUAGGUGGGAGCUUUGGGUGGGUCAAAGGCAAUAAAAAUAAGUUUUGUGAAAGCGCAUUCUAAAACUGAGGUGCUUGACAUAGCUAAAAUGGCUGGCCAGGUCUGAAUCAGACUCCAUUUUGUCCUAGGCCCCUGUUUCGCCUUUUUAGAGUAUGUGACCUGAGACCACAUUCUUGACCAAGAUAACUUUUUGGCAGCAUCCUGAGAUGGUCCAUCCAAACCGUUGGAGGAACCAGCUCCCAAGGAGCAUAGGAAAGUGAGGCUGAGGUUGAGCAGCCCAGCCAGUAGAAUUUCUGGGUAUAGGAGUCCUACAGACCAUGUUGAAUAUCAGCCCAUCAGAUGCACCCCCGUACCCUUUCCCAACGCUGUACAGAGCUCUGCAAAACUGAGAGCAAAGGACGAGUGCUAAUGCUCCCCUGUGGAAUGCCAUUUUGAACUUUCAUUUUGGCACUUCUUGAUUUGCAAAGCUUUGAAUCUGAAUAAAACUCUUAUUUUACAGAA